AUGCCCUGGCUUGCGUGGUCGCAUCUGGAAGCGCCUUCACCGCAUCAUCGGACACGACCGCAACAGUCGCGCGCGCACUGCCACCGACGGCACUGCUCGUCUGUCGCCGACGACUACACCGUGGCGGGUCGAGAAAAUCAGCGUGCGUCCCAACGAGCGCCCCAGCAACCGCUCCGAACAUUGGCAAUCUCGCCACUCUCACCGCGCUGGUCUGUCGCGAGUCUAACAGAAGAGGCCGAGAUCGACUUGGACGACAUCAACGACAUCCACGACGUCGGCGGCGCUGAAGCCUCGCCCACCGCCAUCGAAAACUCCCCGUCGCACCGCAACUCGGUCCUCUCCAUGGCGUCCACCAACACCACAUCAACGACGUCCACGCUCCGGCGCUACUGGUCGCCCUCGCCGUCGACGCCAACGUCCUCGUCACGGCCUCCCUCGCGGUCACAACGGCCCCUCUCCCUGUCGUCGUCGCCGCCGUACGUUGUGCACCUCUCGCAGUCGUCCACCGCCACAUCGGGCAUGUCCACGGCGCCAGCUUCGUCCCCGUCCAGUGCGCCGUCCACAACAUCGUCGGCUUCGUCGGCGUCGACAGCCUCCUCUGCGCCCUUGACUGCGCACUCAACGGCGCCCUCAACAUCAUACGCUGUUGAGAACAUUGACAACGCUGCCGUCUACCGCCCGCCGACGCCCGUCACUAGUGACCAUGUUGUGGUGUACAUCCCUCCGCUCGUCGACGGCGCCGGUGGCACCCUCUCUCGCUGGCAACGGAUCCACCAGUGUCGCCCGCCGGCCGCUCACUACAACUUGGGCGCCGCCUCAUCCGCCUUCGUCUCUUCGUCCGCCGCCCCCGCCCUCACGCCGUAUCGCCUGCUGGCGUCCGAUCUGCGCUGGCUCGCCGUGAACGCCCCCGAUCUCCUGCGUCUCGCCUGGACCAAGGCCAGCACGCCCCUGUGGGCCGUGGUCCGUCCGCGCGCUUGGUCUUGGUCUCGAUUGUUGACGGUCCCCGUGGACGACGUGGCCGAUGCCGCCGAGGCACUGUUGCAGACCGGUCUGGCCGUGGCAGAAGUGACCAUGCUGGCCGCAGGGCCCGCACUCUUCCUGUGUCUCCCCGGCGCGCUCUUCCUGACGUGGCUGCUGCUUUGCUUGGCGGCCGUAUACGCCGCCGCCUGGCCCUUGAACGGUGGUGCCCAGGCACGCACAGGAACUGUCUACCGAUCGUGGGCAGCGGAUCGUGGACGUCGUGUAGAGGAUGACGAUGAUGGCCUCGACGACUCUGAUGACGAUGACGACGACAGUGACGGCAGCCGCCCUAAGCGCCGCCGCGCCGAACACUGGUUCUUCGUCCCUGGCCUGGGUGCGACCUCCCAGUCACUCGCCAAGACGGGCCCCCGCGUGGCUGCCGUCUUUGGGCGCCCGGUGACCCUGCUGCGCCCGGCGUACACCUAUGGCGCCGUGGCCGAUGCACUCGUGGUCCUGCUGCAGCGGCUCCUCCUGCCCGUUUGUGUCCUGCCCGCACCGGGUGCAUACGGCGUCUAUGCCGAGCUGCGCCGGGCUCUUCUGGCCACAGCGAACCCGCGUCGCGCACGCAUCGUCGUCCUCGCACACAACGCGGGCGCCACGGCUGUGUCGCAAGCCCUGGCCCGUCUGGCAAGCGACGUUCCGGCCGCCCGCCUCGCCACGUUGGAAGUAUACACGUUUGGCUCCCUGGCGCCCGAUUUUGUCCUGCGGUCAGCGACGGCCGGCGACCAACAACAGAAGCAGCAGCAGCCACAGCAGAUGGAAAAGAACAACUACAACUCGUCAUCUUUCCAUGUCGAGCACGUCGCGCAUGCCCAUGACCCGUGCGCCCGCUUCGGUGUGCUGCGAAGUGUCCGCGACGACCUGGCCGGGCGCUAUGGCGGCGGUGUCUUUGUCGUCGGCAGUGGUACGCCCGGCGGCAGUAUCAACAGCAGCAAUACCGCCUCAGUGAGUAGCGGCGGAGUUGGACUCGGAAUAAGCUUGAACGUCAGUUCGACCACAUCUAGCUUCCGGUCGAUCAGUCGCGGCCGCAGUGUUUCGCCCCCCUUCCCUCCGUCGUCCGCUGCCUUCAGCAACAAUAACUACCACAACAACCACAACAGCAGCAACAGCAUCGCCAAUAUCUCAAACCGGACGAGCCGCCACCGCAUGAGCUUCCCCUUUACCUACCAGCAGCAGCAGCAGCACCAGUAUGCCAUGCAAAACGCCACCUACCGCCGCUCCGCCUCGUCGUCGUCAACCAACUCGCUCGCCAGCGAAACCUCGUCGCUCGCCCGGACGACGUUGCCGCCUCGAAAGCUCGUUCUCACCAUGGAAGACUACCUGACGGCUCUCUUUGGCCCUGAGCCCUGGUCCAUGCGUCCCGACCCGGCAGUCGACCGGGACGGCAACCUGCUCUUGUCGUCGUCCUCCUCCGACGCCUUCUUCUUGAGCGCCGCCAUGAGUGUCGACCGCGAGCUGGCCGAGAGGCGCGAAAUGGCCGCCAUGGCCGCAGCGAGCACAGGUUAUGAUGGCCACGCACACGCUCACGCUCACACCCGUCCCCACCGUGCCUUCAAAGAGUACCGCCCGGGCCUCGCCACAUCCACGGCCCACCACCGUCUCAGCUGGACCGGCCUUGGGGCCACGGCCAAGUACGGCACCACCAAACACGCCCUGCUGGGCUCCACCAAGACGCGUCGCACCUCGCAGCUGCACAAGAUCGCACAGCAGCCGCCCACAUUGUCAGCAUCGCCGGCCGCUGCCGAGGGCCUGCGCGGUCUGGAAGCCGUCCGCCGAUUGUGCAAAGAGCGUGACGGGCGACCGGGUCGGGAGGUAAGCAUCCUGGCUGGCUACUUUGCCGACGCCGUAGCACGCCACCGCGAGCAGUUUGGUUUUUAG